AUGCCGCCGGGCUUGGGCUUGCGACCAGUCGUCGGCCGCGGUCGCUUAGGAUCUACGACCCGACCUGCCUGUCGUCCUUCCCUUUGUUUCUUUUGCUCCUUGACCACCCAGGAAUCGGCUAGGGCCAGGUCGAGGAUAGCCAGGUCGAGGUAUCAACACAUUGGCCGCCUCAGCGUCGUAGCGAGCGCCCGAUAUGCAACCACCGACGCUUCCGCAGCACGACGAGACCUAGAAGACACUCUGGCGGAGCUCGAGAAGCAUGCGCCAAACCACGUGAGUCUGCCACGCGUGCAACUGGCACUGCGCAGUCUUCAGCAAGAAGCCGGCAAGGAGUCAAUACGUAUCGCCAUCCUCGGCAUCGCCAACGGCCACCCUGGGCGAACAGCAAAGGAAGUGCUACGCCUACUUCUAGCCGACCCUCUCAAGGCCGAAGAGGAGUGGGAAAGGGAGCUGGAUAAGCAUGACACAGCCCAUCCUCUAGUUGUUCGCAUUGGCAAGCAAGAUGCGCCGGACCAAGAGGCCCUGAGGCAGUCCAGAACUGAUCUCAUACGUGAGAUGCAGGUGUCGGUACCUACAUUGAAUGGGCACAACAUCGAGAUCCUGGUAAUGGAAACUAACCCUCUCACCACCAACCCGAGGGCCCGUGCGAUACAAGAGUUCGAGGAGUCGGUCCUCGUACCCGCUGUUGAGAUUCCCACCUCGGAUUCGGGCAGGGUUACGCCCGUCGCGACCCCAGUCCACAAAGCUUUGAUAGUGGCAGACGGUAUGCUGGGUGCCCUAGCCGUAUCCGCCAUGCCUCUCGUAGACGACAAGGACGAGAUCGCCGCAGCAGUAAAUCUCAGGCACCCGACCGACGAUGUGUCUAGCUGCCCCUUCAUGCACAUCGAUAUCGAUCUCGGGGCGCAGGGCCUCGGCCUCUUCCGCGACAACGUCUCCAACGCCAUGAAAUACGAGGCAUGCUGGUAUCGGAGCAACAUUCCGGAUGUGCGGAGCUGGUUGACACUGGGCAGCUUGUCCAGCGAGGAUGGUGCCACGAAGCUGCCCGUCCGCAAGCUGGUGGCCUCGGUUUUGCAAAAUGCGUUGGCGUCUAUCCAGGCUGAGGAGGCGCGACAUGUGUCUUGCGCACGCCCUGCGCUUCUGUCGGGUCCCAGGCUGAAUGCGCGGCUCGCUGAUUGGGCGGAGGGGGCUCACGCAGAACUUCAACAGGAACUAGACUUGGUUUUCUCGGGCCGUCGAUGGCGUAAAUUGGGAUGGUGGAAGCUGUUCUGGAGAGUUGACGACGUCACUAUGCUUACGUCGGAGAUGGUCACGCAACGCUUCCUGCCGAGGUCAGAGCAAGAAAUAGUCUAUCUGGCAGGUCGCCUAGCCGAGUCCCAGUCGUCCGAUGCCAGGGACGAGCUUCCCGCAUACCUACAGCCCAGCGCAACGGCUGAUGGGACGAGACAGAUUGUCGAGGCCAAGUGGCCCACCCACAUCAGCUUCACGAGGCGCUAUCUCCUGGACGAGACAAUUCCAGCUCUACAGGCGCUUGCUCAAAAACUCGUCUUGCAAACCUCGAGCUCUUCUGCAUUGUCCGCGGCCCUCGGCGGCCUGAUGUACCUGUCAUCCUUUGGCGCGUACGAGGCUGGCGCUGUGACGGCUCUUGGCCUUGUUUGGAGCUUGGGAAGAAUGCAGAAGAAGUGGGAGGCCGCUCGAGACUUUUGGGAAGGCGAAGUCCGUGAGGAAGGCCGCAAAACUAUCCGCGCUGCAGAAUCCAGUGUGGCCCAUUACCUAGACCAGGCAAAAGAAGAGUAUGCCCAAGGUGGCAGAGCAGUGGAAGAUCUGGAGCGGGCUCGGGAACUGGUCGAGAAGGCAGAAGCUGCUCUGCAAAAACUCCCAUAG